AUGGAGGUGGUGAACGAAUUUUGUGACCUGCUGCAGUCACAUGCUAAUCGAGAUAAGGUAGUAGCAUUAACCAGCUACAUUCUAAAACUAUGGGGCUCGACGUCAAAUCGCCAAGAAUUAUUGACAGCUAGCGCACGUUUAGCGGCCACACGAGCUACCUUACGAUUAUUCGACGACGCAGCGGCGAUCAAAGUUCUACAGGGCUACGGACUUGGGAAGCAUGAAGGUCCAUGUUGGGGAACACUGGGCGUGUCAAACAGCGUCUUAACAAUAGCGUUUCUUCAAGCUGAGAAGUUACAAUGGCUUCUAGACACAGGCAUACUGAAAGUCAAAGAUGAGACGGCCUUCAACAUACGGACGGCACAUAAGCUGUUGUGGUCUUUGAACGCGUUUAUAGGCUUUAUCAGAUCACUUCGCGCCCUACACAUAUCAGCUCUUCACCUCAAACAUAACACAACGAAGUGCGCUCCAGCUCGUUUCACCCAGGCCACACUCACGAGCACUAAAUAUCUUCUGGACAUUAUACAUCUGGUCAACUGGCUCCCACGAGGAUGGCUUUGGGGUAGCGCUUUGAAGACCUCUCAUGCGGCGGCUGUUGCUACAGUGUCGGGGGUUUUGGGUAUAGUCAUGCAUUACCAUGGUAAAAAGUUAUUACCGCGGUAG